CUCUGCAAUCUGCUGCCAGUUAGUUUUUCUUGGCAUCUGCCUGUCUGCUUUAAAAAGCGUUUCCCAAUCGGAUAGCUAUCAGUGUUCCGUAAAACUUCUUUUAAUAAAACUUUAAAAAUGGCCAGUGAAAGCCCAGCACCCCAUUCACCUAAAACGCGUUUCAACCGAUGGAUUCAUAAGCCUUGGAAAUCCCUGACGCUCCUACGGCAACACAGCAAGGAAAUUCUCCGUGUAGAAACCUCCGUAUCCGCUCAGGGAACAAUCGCCGACGACAGCAACUGCCGUCAAAUUCUGGGUACAAACCUGCAGCCAGUUGUUUGCGAAUUUGCUAUGGGACAAUUUUCUCUGGGCUUUUUAUGCGACGUGGACUGGCCGGGACGGCGUGUCUUAGUGGAUUUUGCCCGUUACAACCGCCCGCCAAAAUGGCUGCCUGCCGGGAACGUCCGCUGGCACAAGCCAGUAAUAACUAGUGAUAUUCGCCCCGGGCAGCCGGUUGUAGUUGCCUUGCGACUGAACUCCGACCAACCUUACGUAUUCCAACCGGCGCAAAUUAUUGUUCCCGCGGCCAGGGACAGUAAUGGCAAUUUCGGUCCAAUAUGCGUGGAGGUGACGUGCCCGGACAACGCUGGCUGCAUUCGGAAAUUCGUGCAUCCAGUCCAGGUGCGCGUUGCGGCCGAGUAUCCGGAACAUUACCAUGAUUGUGACAAACCUCUUACUGUUGUCGGAUACUGCCGUCUGCUGCACAAGCAAACCGCGCCCCUCAAUUGCUGUCCGGAUGCGACAAAUAUUGAUUUGCGGCACUUGUUGGGAACUUUUAACGAAAUUUCCAGCUGGCUGACAGUUGUGCGGAUAUGGGUGGACACCAAAGGCAUCCACUGUGUCUACACAACAUGCCGGCCGAGCUAUUUCGAUCACACGUCUCUGGAAUAUCUGAUCCGCAAGUCCAAGUCGCUACCGGCCAUUCAGCUCGAACCACUUCCGGAUUCCGAUAAUAUCGGCGCUAAUGGAGACCGCUCGGUGCCUUUGGGAAUGCUGCCUUAUGAUUUACACGAGCUGACCUUGUUGGAAAUCCAAGAUAUUCAUAGCGUCGUUAGCGCUCAAAAAGUUUGUAAGGCCUGGUACGACAUCUUAAUCCGUCGCCGCAGCAGCCAGCACGUAGCUAUCGACCUGACCAGUCUACUGCCUUAUGGUCCAAACAGCCAGGAGCGGAGAUGCAACCGCUCUCAUCUGCUUAACGUUCUGGACAAGGUCGUGACGACGGCCACCGUCUCGCUGACGCUGAUGAACGGCCAUCUGACCCCGGAACUGGAUCUCUAUCUCUUUCAGUUCCUAUCGGUUAAGGUCCCGCGUCUAUCGAGGAUCUUUUUGAAAAAUAUUCGUUGCUUUGGCGCCGUGACACAGAACUACGAGAAGCAACGGCUGGAAUGGGCGAAUCUCAGUUACUUGAUGGAGGCUUGCCAAGUGAUGCAUUUGCGUGACGUCCGGAUUCCAAAAAUCUUCGGACCGAUCGCCGGGUUGUGGUGCGCGCCGGCUGGAUUCCGGGAGGAUGUCGAUGUUUUCGUGAAGAAAGCUGCGCUGCAUUGCACACUUAGUGAAACCGAUCGCUUGAAUCGUUUCCUGCAAGUUUUGAACGCCGGCUGUCCUGAACUGUCCACGAGGGAAGUAACCGACAUUAACGCAGCCUGCCAUAAGAUACUGAUUCGUAACGAGCAUCCACUACACAGCCGGUUGCUGCUCAUGCUUACCUUGCUGAAUGAACCGGUAACCUGGGAGCUGCGGCCGCCGCUGUGCAGACUCGCCGCCCAUGCCUUCCGCUACUCGUAUCCCAUGGCGACGUCCUUAAGCUCCGACUCCGGCAGUCACCAUCAAAAGCGUACCGCGCCACGUGAGCCACGUCACAGGGACGGCACCUGGGAUAUACCGGCCCCAAAACCUCCUUUCAUAUUUAUAUAA